CCUCCCCUCACCAAAAUCAGCUACCGAGCUGCGAAGCUUUGCUCUGCUCCUCACCAACACCUAGGUAUAUACCAUGGUGGCAUCUGUAGCCAGUGCUUUCUUCUUCGACGCCGAGCCAGCAGGCGAGCGUGGCAUGCCCGCGAUGAACGCGUGCGCGCUCUGCGCCAAGCCGCUGGCGAGCGAGAAGGACAUCUUCAUGUACAGAGGCGACACCCCCUUCUGCAGCGAUGAGUGCCGCCACAAGCAGAUGCGGCUUGACGUCGUAUGUGAGAAGAACGCAGCCCGGACGCUGCGGCCGUACUCGUCCCUACCGGAGUCCCAUUGUGGGUAGAGAGAAUCUGGGAAGUUGUCCGUCGCAAGCUGACCGGCCAGAGCGCCAACGAGAUGUGAAGAACCGUUAAUUUUGGGAUGAAGAUAUCUCUCCGGCGCUCUUGCACCGACGCCGCCUACGCGCGGUUUCGCAUCUGGUGCAAGCACUGUCCGGCGAGGCAGCAAGCAGUGGCGCUGGCGCCCACAAUUAUUGGGUUGAAGAAGGCCACAAAAUCAAAGCACAUAACCAUGUUUCGAUUUUGGCUGAUCCGGUCAACUCUAACUUGAGAUUGUAUGUUUGUAUAUCCUAGCUGUUUCAAAUCUCAUGCUCUGAAUGAAAGCAUUCGUUCUUUAUCA